AGAUCUCUCCCUUUUGCCAUGUCAGCUGACAGCCACCAGCUCCACACUCAUUCCCACAAGGACACGCUAAGUUCUACUUGUCGUGGUCUCUUGAAUGUCAACAGCCACCCCUUGUCAAAGAGCUCCUCGAGUCUCAUUUGUGCUGGGCAUUCAAGUUUGGAAAGGCAAAGCAACAAACAGGAGCUUAAGAAAAGCCACAGCAGCACUGUCUGCCAAACCCUGGGACAUGACAGUGAUGCCAGAAGUGCACCAAGUCCUAGAUGGUCCUUCUCACAGUCUGGGUUGAUGGGACUUGAAUCAGUGGUCCAAACCAUCAACAAUCAGUCACCCGAUAACAAUUCACAGAGCAGAACUAAGACUACAAACCAUUUUCUUAUCAUUGAACAGUCCCCAGCAUCCUGGGAAGUGGGUGACACUAAGAUGUGUGUCAAGAGCAGUACUGUUGAGAAUGUUUCUUCGGCCUGCUUUAAGCACCAGCAAAGCAUGGGCAAAAUGGAUGAACCAAGAGCUGUUCUCCAGAGAAGCCACUCAGACCUAACCUGCAGUUGCAAACAGCAGAGUUACGUCACUCACGUAGAAACCAGUGCUACUGAUUCCAGCCUGAGCUCUUCUAGCAGCAGACAUGGCCCAUCAGUGGUGAGGAUGUCUUUCCAAACAGAAAGAUAUGGAUCAGAAAUAAAUGAAAAUACAUCUCACUACCAAAACCUUGUGACUCAUCUUCCAGCUCUACCUAUAGACCAGAAAGUACCCACAAAUACCUUUGACAGUGGUGGUAUUCCACAUAAUACGACUGUUUACACAGACCCUGGACGAUUUCACAGUGCUGUUCUAGGACCCCACAUGCCUGGAAAUGGUUUCUCCAACAGGACAAUGUUCAGUCAAGCUACUGGGAUUAUUCAUGGUGGUCUGACUUACAGUAAUAUUCCAAACUCUGCAUUUUCACCAAUGGCGAUGACAGUUCAUAACAGUUCUGCAGUGCCCUGUAAUAUAAGGCAGGACUCUUGUAUGAAAGUAGAUGCCACCAUCCCUGCCUAUUGCCAUUCCUUGCCCAUACCAUCUAUACAGCUUGUUCCACGAUUGGUAUGCUCAGUUAGCGAGUCGGGAAAAGAGCAAGCAGCACCUGACUAUUUUCAUUCCUUUUCCACUUCGGACAUUCUGACCUAUCCUAAGCUUGUGUCUUCAGUGAGUGAAUCAGGCCUGGAUGCCAAGAGAGUCCUGAAGUGCUGCAGCGUUCCUGGAGAACAACUACAACACGCCCAACGCUGCACUCAGCAGGAGAGAGCUUCUUCAGAGACACAGACUGCUUGUGUUGCUUUUAGCAGCCAGCAAACGACAGACGUAGCAAUGAAAACUAAAGAUAUGUGGACUAUGACCUCUGCAAAUGAUUUAACCAAGGGACUGAAACCGGCUCUUGAGCGUAGGGAUGCUGAGGUACAAACUCUUCCAACCAUGGAAUGCAAAUCUGUUGCAACAAGCCCAGCGGCUGCAGCAGAAGGCCACUCACAUGUGUUCCCAGAGGUGAACCUGGAGCAAGACUUGGAGGCCCCCAAGUCUCCGGUACGGGAAGUGAGAUGGGACGAUGAAGGAAUGACAUGGGAAGUGUAUGGAGCAUCUGUGGAUCCAGAAGUCCUCGGUUUAGCCAUUCAAAAACAUCUCGAGAUUCAAAUAGAACAAUUCCAGACAGAGCCUGCUCAACAGACUGGGAAAAGUGAUGAGGACCCUCUCAACAAGGAGCCGUCUUCUGACAAAAUGGAGAAGAAAAGACCGUUCAGGACAAUGAUGCAUUCUCUGAGAUAUCCGAGCUGUUGUGCUCGUUCAAGUACUGCAGUGGAGUGAGUGUAGCUCUGGGACAGCCACAGCCAUGUUGGGGUUUUUUGUUUGUUUGUUUGUUUUCUCAGUUGUAAAUAAAUGCUGUCUCUCAAGUGUUAACACAGUACACGUGGACAAUCCGCUUACAGAUAAGUAGAAGAAGUUCAGUGGCCAUCAAAAAGCAAAGCAUGGAAAAACCCACAGUUGGGCUACGUAGCAGAGGACAUACGGCUGCAUCUUCAUCAUGCCAUCUGAUUGUGUUGACUGUAUUUAAUGCAGCACUCCUAUUCUUCUGUGUUAAUUUUGCAUCGUAUUUUAAGGAAUUAGACUUAUUUUAUAAAUGAUACAUCUUUUUUAAAUGUUGAAUUUCUCAGUAUUUUCAUGAAUUAGGGCUAGGAAACAAAGUUAGAAAAUGAUGCUUUAAUAUAAAUUCUUAGUUUUCCACCCGACUGCCUAAGUUUUGGAAUUCAUUCUGCUGUUAAUUUAUGCUACUGCUGACUAUAAACCCGCUUGAACUGUAGAUAAAAUGACAAACUAGUGUAACACUAUAUUACAAAUAACUGUAACUUUUGCUACACAAUUCUGCCAUGUAAAUUCAGUAUUACUAGCCAGAACUCGUCCCUUUGCAAGCUGGUGUGUAGUUGGAGGAUGCUCCUGCAGCUUUCAUGUAGUUAUGACGAAUAACAAUCUGAACAUACAGAUGUGAUGUCUACCAACUAACACAGAUGUAAAGCAUUACCAAAGAUGACCCAUGUUAUGUGAAUUACUUACUGAAGGCUUGUUUCCUGAAACAAAAGCUGUUCGUAUCAGUCCGCCACAUGAUCAUACUCUAUGGAUCAUAAGCGGAUUGGGUUUUCUUAUGUGAAAAAUAAUUUCCAUCCAGGAGUUCUACGCGCAUCUAUCCUGAACAGUGGUAGUUUUGCUGUGGCAUAAGCCACAGAGAACAGUUUGAAUCUAAUCUUUGCCUGUCUUGCGAUCCCUAUCUGCUCUGAUGUCAGCUGUCUGCUGGAAGUGAGACUUCGUGUCUUUACCAAAGUACAGCUAAAACUAAGAUUGUUCCUUCUGAGUGCCUUGGUCACGUGGGCAGCUUCAAGAUGUCCUUUUUCCCCAAAAACAAUAAUAAUAAUAAUAAUAAUAAAAACCCAGUGAAAAACUUCAGUAUGCCAUAGUGCAGAACCU